AUGGUCACCGUGGACAAAGGGACUCGUGGAGGAGCCACCAUUGACACCCAAAGAACUUCCCAGACCUAUGACUGCAAAGACAGUUUUCUCUGCAGGAUUUUACGCUUAUUCUGGACUGCCAGCCCUCCUGAUACUAUCCUGCAGCCAAAUAUUUUCCCAGGAAACUGCUGGGCUUUCAAAGGGCACCAGGGCCAGGUUGUCAUCAAGUUGCCAGCACGAAUCUGCCUGACUGCCAUCACAGUGCAGCACAUCUCCAAAGAUGUCUCUCCAAGUGGGACCAUCAUCAGUGCCCCCAAAGACAUUGCUGUCUUUGGAGUGGAUGCAGACAGAGAAGAGGAAACUCUCCUGGGGGUGUUCACCUACAAUGUGGAAAAAAACCCCAUACAGACUUUCCCUCUGAAGAACAUGCUGCUCCCCAGAGCCUUUUCACAUGUCAAACUUCUUGUGAAAAGCAACUGGGGAAACCCCUGGUACACCUGCAUUUACCGAGUAAAGGUUCAUGGAAAGAUGGAAAACCAGAAAGUCUCAACCCAGGGCCAAGAUAAAUAA